AAGUGACAUCUUGCUUACUACUUUGCAUGUGAUCACUGAUUGGCCAAUCAGUGAUCACAUGAUCGGGACCUCGUACAGAGGUCCCGUCCGACGAUCGGUGUUACACUGUGUCCGGAGGACACAGCGGGCACCGGAUCGCGGUGCUGCGCGCUCCCAGGGAGCGGGCACAACUAGAAAUAGUGGGAGAAAAUUGUAUCGUGCUUUGCUGGGUUUUUUUUUGCCUUCCUCUGGAUCAACUGUGGGUAUAGGAUUAUAACUUUUUUUUUUUUUUAAUGGUUGAA